GGCAAAGAUUGUCGUACCUGGUUGCAGAAUCUGCACAGAUGGCAGCACUCAAGCGAUAAAUAAAAUAAUAAAUAAAAUACAACGUUAUGUCAGUAGAUUGAAACUAAACGGAUGCAAGAUGACCAUGUAGAUUUAUCACUACUUCAAACCCGGGAUGUCAGAUACAGAGGAUAGAAAGGAGACGAACAUCAAGCAGAGAUCUGAAGAGCAAUGUGAGGGAGCUUAUGGGGAGGAUGCUGGGUUACGGCCGUCAACGCCAUGCAGUGACAAGGGGGAUAAUAUUAGUAUGGAAGUGAGGUUCAGCGAGGGCAGCUCCCAUCACGCUAGCGACCUGUCGUCUGUAUCAUACCAGAACCUUCUUGAUGAUGUGACAACCUGCGGGAACAUUUCUCGUAGAGACAGUGAAGAUAGUGUAGACUCUUAUUUACAAGAUUAUAAUGAAGAUAUUCAGAAACCUGGAGACCCAAAUACACAAUGCGAUGCUCUUUACAAGGAUAGUAUAUCAGAGAGAAUUUCUACCGAGGUAACGAGAAAGGAAAAUGCAAUGAAGACUGAUAAUUUCAAUCUUAUGAAAAGCACAAACAGUGUGCGAAGUGAUCCUGGACCAGAGGCUUAUAAUCUCUCCGAGUUACGUACGAAGCCCAAUGUCGUUGAUACAGCUCUAAAUGUUCAGGAUAGUUUUAGGAAACAUGAGUUAGUUGUUACAAUGAGAGAUCAGCAGAGAAGCAGAUCCUUACCUCCAGGGGAUGAGAGUAUUCCGACUGAAAAGAAACGAAACAGUCUUGAAAUACGAAAUAAUAUCCCUGUUGCCGGUGAGAUAAAGAAUUAUGAGAAAGACAUUGGUAUUGAUGGUCCAUCAUUUAAUAGUCACGGUGCUAAGCCAAAAAUGAAAAAGCAGUCUCCUGGGUUAGCAUGCAGGGUUGAGGUAACUGCAGAAGAUACCAACAAAAUGGACAGUAAUGCUACGGCAAUAAUCAAUGAAUUGAUACAAAAGUCAAAAGCUAAUGCUAAUGUUUUGAACGAAUCUCAACGAAAGAUACAUAAUAAGGACUCCAAUGAUGAUUUCCCAGGGACAGUGCAACAGAAUGGACAUUUUAAUCCAGUGUCAGCAGAUAUCAUAAAUGAGUACGAGUAUGUGAAAUACUCUAGAAUUCAGGAGGGUAAUUCUUAUGUCGGUAUGAGGUUGGCCUACAGCAGUUCAGAGUCUGAUAGUCAAUGUCAUAGAUCAGUAGAUGGAGUAGAUGAAUAUAGAGAACAUUUAGCUCAUGGUGAUAAUGGAGAAAUUGAAGCUCAUUCUGGACAUUUUAGUCCGGAAUCAAACUUGUUGCAUAAUAACGCUAACUUGCUUGAGGAGACUUUGGAUGAAAUACCUCUCAAUGGUCCUGAUGGUGUGUCGGGAAAAGGUGACAAGUUGUUCACGCUUUCCCCUGAGAAUACUGAAUGUGACAGUGUAGAGAUAGAGAGCGUUGUAUCGGAUGGUGACGGUGAAACGACAGGGAUGCCAAACGUCGAAGAUGGUCUUUCAAGUAGCCAGACUAGUGAUAAUGAGGAUAAUGUCAGAUCUGAACACAACACUCCUAAAAAGAUUCUCCAGAAGCGUCAACAAGAAGAGGUUGAGCGUAGACUGUAUGGCGUUGAAUGUGCUGCUAUUAAGCCUAAGGAGAUGGAUGCGGAAGCUAUAAUGGAUGAUUUGAAGAUGAAGAGGGAAGCCCUAGAUCACGCCAUAUCUGAGAUCAAGUUUGCCAUACAGAAGAGCAAGGGGGUUUCACUGGAAGCUCCUUACAAGGAAGAUGACUCUGAGGAUAUAUGGGUGAAAAGAGAAGAGCCAGCCACAAAGACAGAUGGCAGUUCCCCUUACAAGGUGGCCAAUGGCAGUCCUGAGAGGGAAGACCGGUGUAUAGAACCAACAUUCCAGGAUGGGGAGCUCAGACAGAUGGCCCGGGCGCAGAUAAACCAGAUACCACCCAUGAGCAGUAGUGAGGAACAUGUGUAUGAGAAAAUUCCUGAAAAGGAGCGUAUACUGGAGAAAAAGUUUACUAGAAAUGAAGGGAAACUAUACCAUACUCCUAAAGGGUAUGAUUCAGACGAUGAAUAUGACGAUGACGAUGUUAGGUACACACGCAAGAGUAACGGCAAGCAAUACUCCCAGCUGCCGAAGGACGAUGCUACGGAACGAUACGGUUACGAAAGGGACUACACUGGUCCGGGUACAUCAUAUUUAAAUGUGGAUAGUGUGAGCAUGUACGGAGAUAGCAAUGCCUUCAAAUUUGCACAAGAUAGCCAUAGUGAUAGAAGAAAUUCCGAAUCUCUUGCAUCGUCAGAAGAUUUUGGAAGCGAUGCAGACGUCCCAGGCAGGGAGGCAUAUGCUCACACUAGGAAGGAAGGAGACUUUGAUACAGAUGAGGAGACAGACCAGUUACUGGAGAAGCAGUACCAGGGUAAUCAGUAUGUGGACAUUCCAGAACUCUCCCAGCCUCCCGUCAACCGGGCCUCACAGGCUGAGAAAAGAAAGUCCCGGGCCAAGGAAGUGCAAAUCAAUGACCCUGAAAACCCAUCAGUACUGAUUGAGGGUGUGCUGUUCCGGGCUCGAUACCUGGGCUCAACCCAGCUCAUAUCCGAGGGCCAGCCAUCCAAGGCCAUGAGAAUGAUGCAGGCCCAGGAGGCGGUCGGCAGGAUCAAGGCCCCGGAAGGAGAAAAUCAGCCUAGCACCGAUGUCGACCUGUUUGUAUCUACUGAGAAAAUCAUGGUCCUCAACACUGAUCUACAGGAAAUAAUGAUGGACCAUUCCCUGAGGACAAUAUCGUAUAUUGCGGACAUCGGCGAUAUUCUUGUCAUCAUGGCACGUAGGCGCUUGAUUGGCAGCCCAAGUGACACAGAUUCAAUGAGGCGACGAAAGCAGGCCAAAAUCAUUUGUCAUGUCUUCGAGAGCGAAGAGGCACAGCUGAUAGCUCAGUCUAUCGGGCAGGCAUUCCAGGUGGCCUAUAUGGAGUUUCUGAAGGCCAAUGGUAUUGAGGACCAGGGCCUGCUUAAGGAGAUAGACUACCAGGAAGUGCUCAACCAGCAGCAGAUAUAUGGGGAGGAGCUGUCUAUGUUUUCAAACAAGGAAAACCAGAAAGAGGUGAUUGUACCUAAAGUGAAGGGAGAGCAGUUGGGCGUGGUGAUUGUGGAAUCAGGCUGGGGAUCGAUGGUGCCGACAGUGGUCCUGGCCAACAUGAGUCCCACUGGUCCUUCGGCCCGCUGUGGACAACUCAACAUUGGUGACCAGAUCAUUUCUGUCAACGGCAUCAGUCUUGUCGGCCUGCCCCUCUCAGCCUGCCAGUCUAACAUCAAGGGUACCCGACACCAGACAGUUGUGAAACUCACAGUGGUCCCCUGCCCACCAGUUGUCGAGGUGUUGAUAAAGAGGCCAGACGUCAAGUAUCAGCUGGGCUUUAGUGUACAGAAUGGGGUGAUAUGCAGUCUGUUAAGAGGCGGAAUAGCAGAGCGAGGAGGAGUGAGAGUUGGUCACAGGAUUAUUGAGAUCAACAACCAGUCAGUGGUCGCUGUGCCGCAUGAGAAAAUUGUCUCUCUUCUAGCUAACUCUGUCGGAGAGAUCCACAUGAAGACAAUGCCAACCUCGAUAUUCCGAUUGCUCACCGGUCAAGAGACGCCCCACUACUUAUAGCGAGAAUCUCAACCCCAUCAGGAGAUUUGGAGCAUGACAUUCAAUCUCAGCCUCUCAGCCCUGCCUCGUUCCUGCACAUUCAAUGCACUGCAACCGCCUUACACGUGGGCCUGCUUAUAUGUAAUGUAGGAAGCACACAGUGGACACAGUGCUGUGGCUUAAACGGGGUUGUUGUCAUUUAUAGUUAUGGAUAUACAUUGUAUAUUUCAUUAUUUGUAAACAGUAUGACCUGUGCAACAUACAGCUUGCUUUUCUUAUUUCAAGCUCUUGAGAUAUGGUUUAAGGCCUGCUACAUGAUUAUAGCUAUGAGGUGCAUACUUGAUUGUAGUUUUACUGCCAAGGAGUAAAAUUUCUAGUCUUUAAUACAAUCUAUUAUACAAUCCAUUUGUCAAAGGAGAGAGGAGUUAAUGUUAUAAAUAUGUUCUGCUUUAAAACAUUUCUGUAAGUUUAAUCAUUGCUUUGUUUGGUAGGUUGACAUUGACCAACAUAUGGCACUGAUUUGUUGUUGAUUUAGAAGGUAAAGGUCAUUAUUAAAUGAUUUCAGAUGUGGAAUCAGACAUUAAUAAGUUUUUUGGUAUAUUGGUCUAGUUUGAUCUAUAGGGUAUAGCCGUAUAGGUUACUGCUAUCAUUAGGGUGAAUAGCAAUUCCACAGAAUCAAAGGAUUAUUUGUCAUUAUGCUUGAUGGAAAAGUUGACUGAAAGGUUAAUAGAAAUAUUAGGGGAAAAUGUGCAAGUUAAAUAUAACGAAACCUAUCAUCAUGAUUGGGAUGAAAUUCUAUUUGUUGGCACACAGUAUUCUAUUGAAGAAAUUUUAUUUAAUUAUUCAGUACACAAACAAAUCAUCUCAAAAGGUUAACACUGAAAACUGUGGAUGCAAUAUUUAGUGUAUAGUUUUCAAUGCAACUGGGAUGUAAUUCAGGAAAAAAAAGGAAAUAAAAAAAAAAAAAAUACUGAUUAAAAAAAUGAAUUACUGAUUUAAAAGAGCUAGCUGCUUGCUUCUGGUUGUUAUGUUAUAUGUUGGUUAGUAUUGACACUCCAGUUUGCCUCAAAUUUAAAGAUAGGAGAGUCUUCAAAGGAGAUUGGAUGCUUCACCUUAUUGGAGGCCUUUAGGGGCCCCCAAGCACCUCGCUGAAAUGGUUUCAGCCCUUCCCCUGCAGGUCAAUCGCAUCCCUGAUACUAGUUUGCAAUGUUAGUUUGACACUGUUAUAGAUAUAUAUCUGGGAUCUAGACAAAGAAGAAUCCCCCUAAACUAGGUAUUUACAGGCCUGUUUAUUGUGCAAUAUAAUUAAACUGUGUGAUUUAAAAUGAUGUGCUAAACCAUGUUCAAUGUAUGAAUUAUAAAAAAAAAUCAGUUUAUGUUGUUUGAAACAUGAGUGCUUGUAUGUAUGAUAUUUAUUGUAAUUGUCAGCAUAAACGGUGGUGAGAAUUGGAUGUGGUUGGAUAUGUUUGUGCAUGUAAAUUUUUAAAUACAGAUAUACCCAGUUUUGAUGAAAUAUUUGUAUUGCUAACUGUUUUCAAAUGUUUAUCAAUGUAUUGGUGAUAUACAUGUACCUGUAUUAUAGACUGACUUUAUUGUAACUGUUCAUUAUCAUAUACUUUAUAAUUUUCAAUAUUAUGUGUUAAGAUUUAACCAUUGAAAGUAGUCAAUAUCGUAUUGAGAAUAAUUCUUCAGGGUUGUGUAACAAUAUUCCAUGUUUAUGUUGCCUGUAUGCAUGCAAUCCACCGUUAGUAGUAAAGGGGCAUUAUAAAAUAUAUAAUGUGAUAAGUUUAACAUAAAAGGCCAGGAGACAUAUUUAUAUCAUUUUUCUGUUCAUGGACCAUUACAAAAAAUUAUUUUUUUUCAAUUUAAGUUGUAUAUUGAAAUUUUCUUAAGGUCAGUUUCAUUAUUUCAAUACAUAUAAAAACAAUGAUCAUAAAAUACAUGCUAUGAUAAAAUGACCCCUUAAAUACUAUUGUGAAGCCUGUAUUUAGUAACUCCUAAGAUGUGUACAUUGUAUAUGGAAAGAAUGAUCAUACAAUACAACCUUUGGUAAGUGAGAAGCAAUUCUAUCGAGUAACUCCGUAGUCAUGUACAUUUAUCUCACAUAAACAUACAACAAUACGAACGUCCUCUUGUGACUGCCGGCGUUCUGGGCCUCAUUAAUCUUCCUUGGCACAAAACCAUUACAGUACACCCCUCCUCAUGAAUGAUGCAUUGCAAUUUGCUACUUUACAAAUUAAGUACAGAUUGCUGACGCAGUGUGUGUUGAUAUUUGGAUAUAUUUUGUUGCAAAAUGACAAUACCAUUUAUUGAUUAUGAACUCCUGGGCGGGUAUUCGUAAAACACCUGUUUCCUUAAAUUCAUAUAGUCAAAUUCUUGAUGAUAAAAGAUGUAUUUUCAUUCAAAUCAAUGAACAUAAAGUAUUUCAGGUAUUAUCAAGUUAUUAUAUCAUACAAUCAAAGUGAUACUUAACUGGCUUCUGUUAGGAAAUGAUUGAAGAUGUUUUAUGAAUACCGACCCAUGUUAAUUAUUGAUGUUGUGUUGUGCUUAAUUCACUGCAGUAUGACAUUCCUACAUGGUUGUUAUGAUGUGAAGAGAAAACUUGGAGUAGGGUUUAUCUGCUUUAAUUGUCUUUCAUUAAAUGUGACAAUAAAACCACAAAACAUUCA